CGCACAGAAACAGUAACACGUUGAGUUGCAUAUAAGAGUUGUUUACUAUUUUCUAAAUUCAGUGGUGAAAAGCCAAUACAAUUGUCAUGUGGCAAGGCUAUUUGUUGAAAAUGUUCCUGUGGCUGUUCUUCCUGGGGCAAAUUUUAACGGUCCCUGUUCCCAGCAAGUCUAUGGAAUUUGCGGGGAUAUUAGGCGAAGGAGAACUUUUUAAGAAUAUAGAGCAAUCACUAAAGUUCAUCGUACCCGGCUUUUUGAAUUCGGAAUCGCAAAACUCUUAUAAUAAUUUACGCCUAGUAGAAUUAUUUGGCCAGGAAGAUGAAAAUUUUAAGAUUCUCCUUAAGCAUGUUGAAAAUGGGCAUGCCAUGAAGGGACUAACAUUUAAUAUAUAUGAUGAUAACAUGAGAGACGCGACUAUAGCAUUAUUUAGAAUCUUUCAAAAAGUUGACAAAGAAAAUUUAUAUAUUAUUCGCGACUGGGCACGUGAUAAUAUCAACAAAGACAUGCUUGAUUAUGCCUGGCGAUUAAUUUCACUGUAUAGAAUUGACGCAUAUUCAAAAGAAUAUGAUCCACCCUUCAUUGUUAAUCCCAACUACUACAUAAACAGUGAUGCCAUCAUAAAAGCAUUCCAAUUAAAAAGUAAAAAUGACAAGUUUGAUGCUGCAGAAGCAAAAAUAAAUGAAAUAUAUAAAGAAAACGACGAAAUUAUUAUUAAUGCAAACUAUUCGAGUUGGAAUUUGAUAAAUGAUGCGUGCGUAGGAGAUGUGGAGUAUUUUAGGGAGGACAUUGGAUUGAAUUCUUAUUAUUAUGGAGUCCAUCUUAAAUUUCCAUUUUGGAUUAGCAAUGAUGAACUCUCGGGAGUGGAUCCAAGAUAUGCUGAACAAUAUUAUUAUAUUCACCAGCAGCUUCUAGCAAGAUACAAUUUAGAGAAGGAACAUUUACGCGUUCGAAAUGCGUCCAGCGAGUCUCAUUGUUUCCGAGAUUAUAAUCCCUAUUUACUGCAUGAUAAUGGACUUCCGUUCCCCACAAGAUCUUCAAUUUUGCCGCAAUGGAGUGAUGACCAGGCUCGCAUCAAAGCAAUAGAUAUAGCAAUAAGAGAAUGCAUUUCUAGAGGAGUAAUUUACAUGGACAACGGGACUAAAAUUUCAUUGACAGAGGACAAUUACAUUGAUUUGUUGGCAAAAUUAAUAAGAGCCAAUUUCGAAGGUGUAGAAACGGCUAAAAUUGUCAAAUCACUUUUUGGAUAUGGAGGAAGUGGCUUUCCCAAAGACAGAUAUAAUCCAUCCCCAUCUGUACUACACAACCCUCAAACAACUUUACGAGAUCCGCUAUACUGGCAGAUGAUUCAUGUACUACUUAAAUAUUUUAAAGAAUUUUCAAGUACUCUUGAACCCUUCGAUUUUUCAAAAUACGAAACAGACAAUAUCAAUAUUAUUGAUACAAGUUUUGAUAAAAUAACAACGUAUUUUGAUUACUAUCAAAUGAGCUUAAUGAAACUGUUUCACAAUGAUGAUAAUAUAUUGAAGAAUUCUAAAAUAAUGUAUUCAGCAAGACAGAAAAGACUGAAACAUUCACCGUUUACAUUUAACUUUACUAUUGAAUCUAAAAUAAAUGACAAUGCUAUAGUCAAAUUAUUUUUAGGCCCCGAAUGUGAUCAAAAUGAGUGCUGGGAAAAGCAUUCGAAAUUUUAUGAAUUAGAUUCGUUCCUAUUUAAACUUAAAAAAGGCUUAAAUGUUAUUAGUUGGAACCCUUUAACAUCGGAAAAAUUUUCAUUUGAUGAUUAUUAUAACAAGAAUCUAGUGUACGCAAAGAAAAAUAAGUUUAAUCUUUCUAUGUUUCCAGAAAAUUUAAUUUUACCGAAGGGCUUAGAAGAGGGGUUAAAUAUGACUUUAUUUGCUAUCGUAAUACCUUCUGAUGAUUCCUAUAAUAGUAGUGAAGUUAAUCUGAAUCCUUUGCCUUUAGGAUUCCCUUUUCAUAGACAAGCUCUAAUCGAUGAAAAGUCAAAAGCAAGUAAUUAUUUCUUUAAAAAAAUUUCAAUAUAUCAUCAAAAGAUUACUAGUAAUUAUUUAGGUUACUUUUCCGACAACUUACAUUGAUUUCUUAGAGUUACUUAUAAAUAAGCUUAGCUAUUUGAUUAAUAUGAAUGAAUUAUGUGAACCAGGAUAAAAUAAAAUAAAAUAUAAAUAGUU